GCAUUCCAUUCGUGGUUGAAAGGAAAAUUGUCCAAACUUUCUUUCGCUAUCUAUCUCGUUUGUUUGGAUUUCGGUUAUUUGUUUCAGGACUUUUCUUGAUUGUAAGGAAAUAAACACACGUAGCAUGUCUUCAUCCGACGUUGCACGACAAGGGCAGGACAAGAAUGCUAGACCCCUGUCCUUGUCAGGACAUGUUGGCUUUGAUAGCCUACCCGAUCAACUCGUCAACAAGUCCACCAAUCAGGGGUUCUGCUUCAAUAUCCUCUGUAUUGGUGAAACUGGUAUCGGGAAGUCCACCCUGAUGGACACGCUGUUCAACACAAACUUUGAGAACUUUGAGUCAUCUCACUUUGAGCCCAAAGUCAAGUUGCGGGCCCAGACCUACGACCUGCAGGAGAGCAAUGUGCGGUUAAAGCUCACCAUCGUAAACACGGUGGGCUUUGGAGACCAGAUGAACAAGCAGGAAAGUUAUCAGCAUGUGGUGGACUAUAUCGACACCCAGUUUGAGUCGUACUUGCAGGAGGAGCUGAAGAUCAAGCGCUCGCUGCAUAACUACCACGACUCACGCAUCCACGCCUGCCUCUACUUCAUCGCCCCGUCUGGCCAUUCGCUCAAGUCCCUUGACCUCGUCACCAUGAAGAAACUCGACAGCAAGGUGAACAUCAUUCCUGUCAUCGCCAAAGCAGACACCAUCUCCAAGAGCGAACUGCACAAGUUCAAAAUCAAGAUCAUGAGCGAGCUCGUCAGUAAUGGGGUCCAGAUUUACCAGUUCCCCGUCGACGACGAGACCGUGUCCAAGAUCAACACAGCCAUGAACGGCCACCUUCCAUUUGCUGUGGUGGGAAGCACAGAGGAAGUUAAGAUCGGCAAUAAGAUGGUGAAGGCAAGGCAAUACCCAUGGGGAGUGGUGCAAGUGGAGAACGAGAACCACUGUGACUUUGUGAAGCUGCGGGAGAUGCUGAUCUGUGUGAACAUGGAGGACCUGCGGGAGCAGACACACACGCGCCACUAUGAGCUCUACCGCCGCUGCAAGCUGGAGGAAAUGGGCUUCAAGGACACCAACCCAGAGAGCAAGCCCGUCAGCCUGCAGGAGACAUAUGAGGCCAAGCGGCAGGAGUUCCUUGGGGAGCUUCAGCGGCGGGAGGAGGAGAUGAGGCAGAUGUUCGUCCAGCGAGUGAAGGAGAAGGAGAUGGAGCUCAAGGAGGCCGAGAGAGAUCUUCAGGGCAAGUUUGAGCAGCUGAAGCGUCUCCACCAAGACGAGAAGAGCAAGCUGGACGACAAGCGGAGGACCCUGGAAGACGAGAUCAACACCUUCAACAAGAAGAAGGCCGCCGCCGAGCUCCUGCAGGGUCAGUCCUUCAACACCAACACCAACGCCAAGAAGGACAAGGACCGCAAGAAGUAAGCACCUCUUCACCUGGCUCUGGAUUCAUGUGAACAAUGCUGGAAGAAUCACUUGCUGCACCACUAUCAUCUUCACAGUGAAGACCAGUAAUAACAGCCCCUCAUUUCUGACCCUUCUUUCAUUGUCUUUCUUUGCACAGUGUCUGUUUAUGAUAUGUAUAUAUGUCCAUCACCAGCUGGACUGAGUUAGUUUACACUACACGUCAGUAAGCACAGAGUGCAUGAGUCCCUUUCUACACUGCCAAGACCGAUGCGGAGCUAAAAGAGGCCAAGUUACCUUUGAACUCUAAUCGCUCUUACUUUUGGGUCAUUUUUAAGAGCAUCGUAAGUGCGAAAAUGACCCUGUGUUUGAGGUGCCAAAAACUCUCCAGUCAGUAUCUGGCUGGAGUUUGAUAUCCUGUAUUAAGACUUUUCGUUUUCUACCAAUACUGUUGUUCAGCAAGGCUGGAUGGGUUCCCUCCCAGUGUACGCGUCAAUAAUGACUAUCCCCCCCAAGUUCCCUACGACAUUAUAUCUAUUGUUGUUACAUUUGUCAUUUGAAACACUUAUUGCAUGUAUUAUUUUUAUAUAUAUAUAUUAAGGUGUGGUUCUGUGUUUGUAUACUUUGUUCUGAAUCACAGUGUAGGAGGACUUUGUGUCUUUAUUGCAUAUCAGUGGUUUUCAUUACACCAGCAUUACUUGGGAAGGGGGAGCAGGUUUGGCAAUCUCAGUCAUUCAAGGUUAGUGUGGCUACAGGCCCAGCGAAAAGCUUAUAAGCCACCAUUCAUAAUAUUUCUACAUUUUUCAUAACAUUUAUACCAGUGGCGACUGACCACUAUGUUUUGAUACAUGUGGUUGACAUUAUAAGCACUGAAUUGGAAGGAAACCCUGAAGUCAGACUAUCUCUGUAUGGUUCAGAUUGCCCCAUCUCCCCCGAGAGAGAGGCGAAGACUAUUUUUAUUUGUAUUUACUAGCACUAUGCAAUAAAUAAAUUCGUAAAUAUAUAUUAAUGAAACCACAAAUAAUGUAAAAUGUUGUAUGCCAGGUACUGUUACUAAUAUGUGAGUGCCUUUUGAAAAAUGCUUGAGUGUUACACAUGGUAUGGCUGCUGACACUUGACAAGAAGAAUAGCUCACUUGAGAAUACGUGUUGCCUUUUUGUAGUGGAUGUUAGUGAUAACGAUCCUCUAGUCGGAUUACCGGUGUAGUAUAAUUAUCUUCACUGAAAUGUUCACAUGAUGCCUGAAUUCACUUUUUACAGUUUGUAACCACAUGAAGCAUUUUUUUCUAGCAUUUCUAGUAUGUACUUUUUGCAUUUAUAUUUAUCUUAACUGUUUACAUGGGGUUUACGAACACAAAAGCCAAAAUAAAACUUUAUAUUAA